GGAGUGUCCCCUUCUGUCGCCAAGAUGUGGCCGUCCGUGGCCAUCCUGUGCGUCCUGGUGACCUUCGCCAAUGCUCGCAGCAUUCCUUACUACCCUCCGCUCUCCAGCGACUUGGUUAACCACAUCAACAAGCUCAACACCACCUGGAAGGCAGGGCACAACUUCCACAAUGCUGACAUGAGCUAUGUCAAGAAGCUCUGCGGCACCUUCCUGGGUGGACCCAAGCUCCCCGAGAGGGUAGAUUUUGCUGCCGACAUGGAGCUGCCCGAUAACUUUGACUCGCGGACACAGUGGCCUAACUGUCCUACCAUCAGUGAGAUAAGAGACCAGGGCUCUUGCGGCUCUUGUUGGGCUUUCGGUGCCGUAGAAGCGAUUUCGGACAGAAUCUGUGUUCACACGAACGCCAAGGUGAGCGUGGAGGUCUCAGCGGAGGACUUGCUGUCGUGCUGCGGCUUCGAGUGUGGCAUGGGGUGCAACGGUGGUUACCCCUCCGGCGCGUGGAGGUACUGGACAGAGAGGGGCCUCGUGUCUGGGGGUCUCUACAAUUCCCACGUGGGCUGCCGUCCCUACUCCAUCCCACCCUGUGAGCACCACGUCAACGGCUCCCGGCCACCAUGCACUGGGGAGGGGGGAGAAACCCCCCGGUGCAGCCGGCACUGUGAACCUGGCUACUCACCCUCGUACAAGGAGGACAAACACUACGGCAUCACAUCCUAUGGUGUCCCUCGCAGUGAGAAGGAAAUUAUGGCAGAGAUCUACAAGAAUGGCCCAGUGGAAGGAGCCUUUAUUGUCUAUGAGGACUUCUUGAUGUACAAGUCUGGGAUCUACCAGCACGUGUCAGGCGAGCAGGUGGGAGGCCACGCGAUCCGGCUCCUGGGCUGGGGGGUGGACAACGGCACUCCAUACUGGUUGGCUGCCAACUCCUGGAACACCGACUGGGGGGACAAUGGCUUCUUCAAAAUCCUCCGAGGAGAGGACCACUGCGGCAUCGAGUCCGAGGUUGUGGCCGGCAUCCCCAGCACGCAGCAGUACUGGAAGAGGGUGUAACCUUCUGGAUCAAACCACAAAUAAAUCCUGAGUCCCCCGAAGCUUUUAACUGAUAGCAGGUUGGGUGCAGAAACUCCCCCCCAAGAGACUAUAGUUGAGGUUACUUUAUUAAAGCUUUUUAUCUUUU